GUGUUCCAGCCAGUCACUUGGUUCAGUCGCUUUGCGAUAGUCGAGGGAGAAGCCAGCUGGCCAUGGAACCGACCAGCAGCAGCAGUGUGGCGGAACUGGCCCAGAACAGCGGGGAUGUGGAACUGGAUGAGGAUAAGCUGGCGGAGCAUCAGGAAUACGCCGAAGCGCUGUCAAUGAGCGGGGAGAGUCGGAAGCGGAAACGAUGGACUCGAAGGUCCUGCUGCACUCGUCAAAUCCUGAGUGCGGGCGCCAUUUUCAUCGCACUGCUGCUCAUCAUCGGCGCCAUUUACAUGCACUUAAGACAGAAGCAUCAUCUGGGCCGACUGCACAUCAUUCUGAAGGAUCGGGACCGAGUGGAGGUCCUGGAUGAGAACUUUCCCGUGGCCACCGCGGCGGCAGUGGCUGCCCAGACCCCGACGAUAACAACAUUCCAGCCGCCUCCAUCCUCCACAUCCUGCCCAGAGCCCAGUGCCAAGUGCCUGGCCUGCAUGGCCACCACUGCCACGGAUAAUAUUCCGGCAAUCUGCAGGAACCGAGGACGACCGGAGGAGCCGUGCGGCAUUUAUCGCAUCUCCCACGUCUACUGGCAGGACGCACUGCAGAUAAUUGACCCGGACGACUCACUCGCCCAGGACUACGGAAGAUGCGUGGUGGAUGACCAGUGCGCCGAGCGCAUUGUGCGGAGCUACGUGCAGCGAUAUGGUGGCAAGGAUUGCAGUGGAGACGGACGGAUCGAGUGUCAGGAUCAUGUGCGGCUGCACAUGCGAGGCCCGGGCGGCUGCCACAGGCAGGAGCCUCUGGGGAGCCUGGCUGAGCGGAGAUUGGAAAAGUGCUUGAAAUACAGUGGGAUUACUUAGAA